UUUUUUUUUUUUUGCUUUUUACUUCUUAUUUUGAAUAUUUAUAAUGCUUGUAAAAUCCUUUUCUGGCAAAUAUGAACUCAAGUUUAGAUCUCAUCAAGUUGAAGGUCCUGCCUCACCUAGAGAUUAUAUGGAAUGGAUUUCACAUUUAAAAAAAUGGCGACUCGAACAACAUAAUAAAAAGGAAAACCUUACGACAUCUAGUUAUGAUAUCUCUAAACUUCAGUGGGUUCAAGCAAGUUAUGUUCAGCCUCAUGUUAUGAUGAAUGAUUUGUUCUUAUUCGAUCCUAAAACAAAUAAGUUUACUGUAGACAAAUUCGUUAAUGAUAUUGAAGAACGUUAUGGGAAAGUUGAUUCUGUUGUUGUUUGGCCAGCUUUUCCUAAUCUUGGCUGUGAUAGUCGUAAUUCUGAGGAUUAUUUUAGAUGUUUGCCUGGAGGUACCACUGCUAUUCGUGGCCUAGUUGAAGAAUUUCACAUGAAAAAUAUAAAGGUGAUUUUCCCUAUUCUCAAUUGGGAUAAUGGAACUCGUGAUCCACAAGCAAGUUGGAGUUAUAUUUUACCUCGAUUAUUUAAGGAAUACAAUGUGGAUGGUAUGUCAAGUGAAGUUGCAUAUUUUACGCAAGAUUAUUGGACAACUUCUCUUGCUAUUGGACAUCCUUUGGUCUUCCAAUCUGAAGCUAACAGUAGCAACAGAAUGGAUGGAGCUGAAGAUGAGGAUAACAACCGUAUUAUGCAAUGGAAUACUAUGGAUAUGGCAAAAUAUGAUACAAAAUUGCAUAUUCCUACUGUUGCAACAAGAAAGUUUGUUGAACCAAGACACAUGACACAUACCUCUGACAAAUGGUCUAGAAACAAGACAUUUAUGAUUCAACAUGCUUUCUUUAAUGGCUUAGGUAUCGAACUGUGGGAAAACAUCUUUGGUACCUGGAAUGCACUUUCUCCACGUGAUUCAGAAGCCAUACGUAGAACCUCAAGUAUACUUCGAUGUUUUGGACCUGAUUUCUUUUCUUCCCCUGAAUGGGAACCUCAUUGUCCUUGUGUUCACUAUGAAACCGUCUUUGCUAGUAAAUUCCCUAGUCAAUCUGUCAAAGAACAAACUGUUUGGACCUUCAUCAAUCGUGGACCUAUUCAUGUUAAGGGUCAUCAGAUUGUAGUCAACUAUCAUAUUGGUUUGCAAUUUUACAACGUAUGGCUUGGAAGUGAGAUGUAUCCUACGGAUAUCGUAGAUGGUCUUGCUACUCUUAGUUUUGAUAUUGAGCCCUAUGGUUAUGGAUGUAUCUUUGCUGCUUGUGAUGUUUCUCCUUUACCAAAAGGCUUGGAUGCACUUUUGAAAUCUCUGAAUCAUCGUUCAAGGACCCCCCUUUACCAACAUCCUAUCUGUAACUCUAUUCUAUGGCAAGAAUUGGAUGAAGUCGUCGUUAGUAAGUAUAACGACGAUCGAUACUGUGGCAUGGUUCGAAUUGAAGGUGAUAUAUUUAAUUUCCGUGUGAAUGGCCUAUGUUCUCAUCCUAAUGGCCCAUCCGAAUAUACUGGCAUUGAUAUCAAAUAUCCUUGGGAAUUUCAGCCAUCUCGAACACAUGCUCCUUAUCGGAUGAAGAUCAAUACCUUCUAUAUGGAUGCCUAUCCUGUAACUGAAAGUCAAUUUAAAAAUUUUCUUGAUGAAAGUGGAUAUAAACCAACUGAUCCUACCAACUUUUUAAAACAUUGGAUUGGAGGAUGUUAUCCUGCUGACAGAGCUAAUAAACCAAUUAUUCAUGUCUCUAUUGAAGAUGCCAGAGCAUAUGCUAAAUGGGCAGGCAAACGACUUCCACAUGAAUGGGAAUGGCAGUUCGUGGCUCAAGGUGGUACUGAAUAUCGAAAAUAUCCUUGGGGUAAUGAAUGGGAUGAAACCAUGGUUCCUAAAGUUUAUAAUGGUCGAGAACGACUUUAUCCUGACCACCCACCUGCAGAUGUUGAUGCCCAUCCUUCCGGUCGUUCUCCUUUGGGUGUUUAUGAUCUUGUAGGUAAUGUUUGGCAAUGGACAGAUGUGUAUCAAGAUUCUCAUACAAGAUCAGCUAUCAUUCGAGGUGGCUCUUAUUAUCAACCAAAGAAUGGUGAAAGAUACUUUUCACAAGCAUACAGUAAUUAUGAACAUGGAAAGUAUCUAUUAAUGGCUCCUUCUAUUGAUCGAUCUGCUACUAUUGGAUUCCGUUGUGUAAAGGAUACAGUAGAAAGUGCUGCAUCAUUUGGUAAUUGUUUAUUCUUUGACGACCCAUGUUUCUAAAUCACAAAGCAAAAAGGAAAGGGGGGAAAAUAGUUUUCCCUUUUUUUUUCAUAUACUGAUAUUAUUCUUAUAUAACUGAACGUUGUGUAUAGCAACUAUAUGUAUGUAUAUGAAUAAAUAAAAAACCUAAUAAAGAGAAAAUUAAAUUUGCUUCAUAUAAAGAAAAAAAAAA